AUACAUACAUACGUACAAAAUAUUGUAUAUAUUGACGUAAGCAACAAUCACCCCUGCCCGUUAUUGAAGUGAGCCCUUCACAUCCUUAAUUCAAUACUUAAUUCACAACGAGUAAUUUUGCCGUAUGCAUUAGCGACGUUCUAGAGUUCUAGCAGCUCUCACCACGAAACGCCAUGCCCACGGCAUGCAGAGAGGCCGCGCACUCGUCUCAGAGCGCCGUCUGGUGGUUGAGGCCAAAAACUGCAUGUCACCCUAGAACAGUAGAGGCCACCAGUCAAAACAGGAAAGCUGCGCCAGUUGUUCGUUAACCACAAACCGAAUAGUACAACAACAUCCAGUGGUAGCCAAUCGUAGAAAACUGCGAAGGGUAACAUUUUCGCGCCAUUGACACUCUCACUGAAACGUAUUCACUUACGCGCGGAGGAAGAAGUCCGUCGUUUUGUCUACCGUUGUACCUGCGUACUGUGGACUUCUCGCAGCAAUCCGCGCCCUAGCACUUCAGCGUUCGGUAAAAGUGGAGGGGAGUUGUCACAGCACACCAGAAGCUCAGCCAUUGACUGGAAGCCAAGCCUAGUUGAUUCUAGCCGACGAGCUAGCCUCUCCGUGAGAACAACGUUAGCUUAUACCACCGACAUUUGCCUAUAAGCCUUUCUUGGUCAGCGACGCUUCUUGGUAGGAUUAUUUACAGGCGUAACCGUCUGAGGUCAGUGACGACAUCUCUACGUAGACAUUAACUCAGGCGAUCCAUUCGAAUAAUAAUAGCAACAGUAGUAUUGGCAAUAAUAGUAGUUUCUUCUUUAUGCCGACAGUACGGAACUAAGUAGGUUAGCGCUGAAGACUCGGUGCUAAUGGAAAAUUUACAACGGAUUAAAAGGAAACAUCAGUUUUAACAGUGGGAUGGUGAAUAUCAUCAAAAAAACAAACAGAAUUUACAACGAGACACGUAAAAUAAAGCCAUCCUUACCGGAUUAUGUCAUCUGUCAGUCUUGACUCUUGUUGAUGCCGUCUAUGCCUUUUGAGAAGAUGGGAGAUAAAGUAGUUCCCAAGAUUGAUGUCCUGCUGGAGAGGGACGGAUACUUGAGGAUGCACGAAAAAGAAAUCCAACGCAGGUAUAAAUGUUUCUUGGAAAAAAAGCAGUGGAUUGAUCAGGAAGGCGGUUAUAGGAGAUUUUGCUCGUCUUAUAAGGAGUAUGGCUUUCACAUUGAGUCGGAUGGCUCCCUGCGUGGUAACGAAUGGGCGCCAUGCGCUAAGACCUUAUAUCUCAAGGGUGAAUUCAACAAUUGGAACCAGACUUCACACCCAUUCGAGAGUGCAGGUUUUGGGAAAUGGAAAAUCCACGUCAAGUCUAAGGAUGGCAGGCCCGUUGUGAAGCAUCUUGACAAGCUAAAAAUAGUCGUCCGCACGUUUGAGGAUGAAUUAACCGAUCGCAAUUCACCAUGGGCAACUUAUGUUCUUCAAGAUGAAGGUAGCCAUGCUUAUCAUCAUCGGAUCUACAAUCCGGACAAAAAGUACGAAUUUAAGCAUCCGCGACCCCCUGCCGGUAGCUCAGCCCUACGAAUCUAUGAAGCGCACAUCGGAGUUGCUUCGCCUGAAUAUAAGGUGGCUUCGUACAACGAAUUUCGCCUCAAUACACUACCUCACAUUGAGCGUCAGGGCUACAACACGAUUCAGUUGAUGGCUAUUAUGGAGCACGCAUAUUACGCUAGUUUCGGCUAUCAGGUGACAGCCUUCUUUGCUACCUCAUCACGUUAUGGUACCCCGUGUGAACUGAAAGAGCUUAUUGACGAGGCCCACAAACGCGGAAUAAAAGUUCUCCUAGAUGUUGUGCAUUCUCACGCGUCCAAGAACGUCAUGGAUGGACUUAACCAGUUCGAUGGCACCGACGCAUGCUAUUUUCAUGAUGGCGGACGGGGUUUCCACGAUCAGUGGAACAGUCGACUUUUCGACUACAAUCAGCCCGAGGUGCUACGAUUCCUGCUCUCAAAUCUUUACUACUAUAUAAACGAAUUCCAAUUUGACGGGUUUCGCUUUGAUGGCGUUACGUCAAUGUUGUAUCAUGACCACGGAAUGGGAACUGGUUUUUCAGGAGACUACAACGAGUACUUCGGGAUAAACACCGAUACGGAAUCGCUGACCUACCUUCAGCUGGCUAACGAUAUGAUUCAUCAACUUUUUCCGGAUGCAAUCACAAUUGCGGAAGAUGUUUCCGGGAUGCCGGCUCUUUGUCGACCAGUCGCCGAAGGUGGGAUCGGGUUCGAUUACCGGUUAGCAAUGGCGAUUCCCGACAUGUGGAUCAAAAUUCUCAAGCACCAAAAGGACGAAGAUUGGAAUAUGGGCGAUAUUGUCCAUACGCUUACCAACCGGCGAUGGUGUGAAAAUACGAUUGCCUAUUGCGAGUCCCACGACCAGGCCUUGGUUGGUGAUAAAACGUUAGCGUUUUGGCUGAUGGAUAAAGAAAUGUACACUAAUAUGAGUAUUCUUACUCCACUCACACCAAUUAUCGAUAGAGGUAUUCAACUCCACAAAUUGAUCCGAUUUAUUACGCAAUCACUUGGUGGCGAGGGGUGGCUAAACUUCAUGGGCAAUGAGUUCGGUCAUCCGGAGUGGCUCGACUUUCCCCGUCAGGAAAACGGGUGGUCAUACCAUUACGCGCGAAGGCAGUUCAAUCUCAUCGAAGACAGGAACUUGAGAUAUCAGUUCUUGAACAAUUGGGACCGGGCUCUCAACGAGUUGGACGAUCGUUACAGUUUUAUCAAAGCGCAUCCUGGCUAUGUUAGUUGUAAGCACGAAGGAGACAAGGUGAUCGCGUACGAACGUGCAGGCUUACUGUUCGUGGUUAACUUCCACCCAGGCCAGUCGUUUCCAGGAUAUCGCCUUGGAAUCCAGGAGCCGGGAAUUUAUCGCAUCGUGUUAUCCAGCGACGAUACGGCCUUCCUGGGCCAUGAACGUCUCGAUAAAAAUGCGGAGUAUCAUACGAAGCCUCACCCAUGGGCUAAUCGUGCAAACUCGAUCGAAGUGUACAUUCCGUCACGCUGUGCCCUCGUCUUCGCUAAAGCUUAAUCCAGCAAGUGGAUCUUCCUCGUCACUGAAAACUGCAAGCACGUGGUUUUCUUCUAUUCCAAAGAGUACCAAGGACCAAAUUGGGUAGAUUUAUUGAAAUGCAGUCAUCCCUACGCCAGUAAUAUUAUUGUAAUUGCCUUAAGUAAAACGAUACAUUCAUGUAGCAAUAAAAGUCCCUGGUGCAAACGAUGACUGCUAACUUGUUUGAACUCCGAAAACAACAUAGAGAAUAUCUUAUACGACUACCUGCAGUUGCACCAAACGUGUGUGCAACAGCUAUGAGGUGUUUUGCGGUCUAUGCACAAACAAGUAAACACACGUCUGCGGUCCAUGCAAAUGAAAAAUAGACAGUGCAAUUUUGACCUAACCGAACAUAAGAUGCAACAAAUAUUUAGAGCGUAAUAAAAUUCUUUUGUUUUGUUGCGAGCAUUUAAUAAACGAAAAAAAAAGGAAAAAUGGUUGUAUUUUAACUCACGAAGUAUUUUAUUUAACGUGUCCGUGUUUAUUCCAAUGUUAUGUAUUCGCUAAAGGAACUUCUUCGACGCACUUGCGGGAUUGAUAGGCUUGUAAAC